AUGAGGCCCUUGGUAACCUCGGCGGCGGCGGAGGCGGCGGUUGGCAAGCUGGCGGAGGAGGUGGGGGCUGGCAGGCCGGCGGAGGAGGUGGAGGCUGGCAAGCCGGCGGAGGAGGUGGAGGCUGGCAAGGCGGCGGCGGCGGCGGAGGCUGGCAAGCUGGUGGCGGCGGUGGUGGCUGGCAAGCCGGUGGAGGCGGUGGUGGUGGCGGCAAGCACGUCUACAUCAUCCGCAAAGUUAGCGGCGGCGGCGGAGGAGGAGGCGGCGGCGGCGGCGGCGGCGGCUGGCAAGUCGGCGGAGGAGGAGGAGGCUGGCAAGCUGGAGGCGGCGGUGGUGGCUGGCAGGCCGGAGGAGGUGGCGGUGGAUGGCAAGCCGGAGGCGGCGGAGGUGGCUGGCAGGCCGGAGGUGGUGCUGGCGGCUGGAUGCUUGGCGGCGGUGGUGGAGGAGGAUGGAUGCUUGGCGGCGGCGGCGGCGGAGGCGGCGGUUGGCAAGCCGGAGGAGGAGGCGGUGGCCACGGUGGCGGAGGAGGUGGUGGAAAGCAUGUGUACAUUAUCCGCACAACCUCAAAAUCUGGAGGUGGUGGCGGAGGACACGGCGGCGGUUUUGGUGGCGGCCAUGGAGGCGGCUUCGGAGGUGGCUUCGGAGGCGGUCAUGGCGGUGGCCACGGCGGUGGUGGCGGCGGCGGCGGCGGAAAGCACGUGUUCCUUGUCAAGACUACCACCACCACGUCUGGAGGCGGUGGCGGCGGCGGCGGCGGAUGGCAAGCCGGAGGCGGAGGCGGCGGCUGGCAGGCCGGCGGCGGCGGUGGCGGAUGGCAAGCCGGAGGCGGCGGCGGCGGUUGGCAAGCCGGAGGUGGCGGUGGCUGGCAGUGAUAUGUCAACUGCCAGUUGA